AUGCUCCCAGCCAUCCCACCCCGUAUUGCUUGUGCUGUGCUGUGUUGCGCUGCGUGGUAUCAUACCGUAACUUGUAGGGCCCUCCAUGUCUCAUCCAUGAUAUCCUGCGAGUGCAGAAGAACCGGUCCCUUCAAAGCCUGCACCGCACCCUCCUUUGCGGCCAAUUUUCCGGGAGUAAUCCUGCCCACGAUCUUCGACCACUCUCUCUUGGUGGACGGGGCGUCCAAGGCCCACGGAGAGCAAUCACCACAAUCCCAAUGCAAAAGGCGGCGGCAACAGGAGCAGCGCUUGACCCCCCCUCCGCCCCCCACCAAACGUCUUGUCGGAGACUCGCCGCCUUGUCCGGACCCGCCGUUCCCAGCUUGCCAGGCGGAUGCACCACCUGCUCUCAUAAGACCGCAACCAGGUGCUCAACAGCCUCAUCCCCAUCCUCAUCCGCUUCUUCGAGUUUUUUGCACCCUUUCCCCCACCAUCCUGCCAAUUCACGCUGCCAUGGCGUCGUCUACUGCUAGGAGUUUCCCCUCGAUCAAAGCCAUCAGGACGUUUGUCGUUGAUGGCGUCGGGUCUGGAGGGGACUAUCACAAUGUCGAGGGUGGCCAUUGGCUCAUCGACACCCCGAUAUCAACGCCAAUGUCGAGAUGGGAGAAGUACCGGGCGUCAAGAACAAGCUGGGGCAUCAACGUGUUAGGAUCCUUUUGCGUGGAGAUUGAGGGGUCGGAUGGCACUGUUGGGUUUGCAACUGGAUUUGGAGGCCCUCCAGCUUGCUGGCUCGUGCAUCAACAUUUCGAGCGGUUUUUGAUCGGCGCAGAUCCACGAGAUACAAACCACUUAUUCGAGCAGAUGUACCGAGGUUCUAUGUUCUAUGGCCGCAAGGGGCUUCCAGUUGCCGUCAUCUCCGUGAUUGACCUGGCGCUCUGGGAUCUACUCGGGAAGAUCAGAAAUGAGCCGGUAUAUAAGCUCAUCGGUGGUGCCACGAGGGAUAGAUUGGAUUUCUACUGCACGGGUCCGGAGCCAACGGCAUCAAAGGCCAUGGGUUUCUGGGGCGCAAAGGUUCCGCUCCCGUACUGCCCAGAGGAAGGUCACAAAGGUCUUAAGAAGAACGUCGAGUUUCUCCGGAAACAUCGAGAGAGCGUUGGACCGGAUUUCCCAAUCAUGGUAGAUUGCUACAUGAGCCUGAAUGUCCAAUACACGAUAGAGCUUGCCACCGCCUGUCUAGAUUUGAAUAUUAACUGGUGGGAGGAGUGCUUGUCUCCAGAUGAUACAGACGGAUUUGCACUAAUCAAGCGGGCACACCCUCAACUGAAGUUCACAACUGGAGAGCACGAAUACUCGAGAUAUGGCUUCCGAAAACUCAUCGAAGGCCGGAAUCUCGACAUCAUCCAACCCGAUGUCAUGUGGCUCGGUGGUAUGACCGAACUUCUCAAGGUUGCUGCGAUGGCUGCCGCAUACGAUAUCCCAGUUGUCCCACACGCCAGCGGGCCAUACAGCUACCAUUUCGUGGUAUCUCAAACAAACUGCCCCUUCCAGGAAUAUCUUGCAAACUCUGCCGAUGGGAAGAGCGUGUUACCCGUUUUCGGAGACCUGUUCUUGGAUGAGCCAAUCCCAACAAAGGGCUAUCUUGAUGUCUCGCAACUUGACAAGCCAGGUUUUGGAUUGACGCUCAACCCGGCGGCGAGGUUGAUUCCAGCCCAGUAUCUUCUGACACCAAACCCGGAGCGGCCUCUUGGCCAGCCCCCUGUGGAGAAGAAGUCUACGGGGAACAGUGUUGUCAAUGGCGUUGCCGAGGGUAUCAAGAAUCUAACAACUUCAUAA